UGCAAACAAUCAGUGCUCCAACAACACAGGAAUGACAGACAGCUUGAAGAGAGAAGUUCCUCAAAAUGCACAAUUAUCGUAGGUCUGUCCAAUAUGGCUCUGGGAAAAGUUGAGAAGUUCAACGGCAAAUUUUUCCCCAAGGCUGCUAACAUGGAGAAGAUGGAGUACGACUGCGACCUGGAAGCUGAUGCUAUGAUCUACGCUGAAACGUGUGCACUUUUGCCGUCCUAUCCUGGCACUAGGAAAGAUCAGGGAGAGAACGUAGCUGUGGUGGAGCCUCAGAGUGCGGAAAGUUUCGACAAAGCUGCUCAAUGGAGAGAAACACAGAGAUACCCUGUAGCUGGAGCGACUCAGCGGAAACCAAGUAGAUCACGAAGUCUACAAAAAGGAACGCCGUGCUCACAAUGUCCUUCAAAGAGAUGUGACACUGCAAUGGGACUGUGCAUCAUGCCGUGA